AUGAAGAUUUAACCAAACAAACAUAUUCAAACUUCCUAAAAAUUAUAUGAAAGUGCUUUUAUUGUUUAUGAAAAUCAAGGCUCAAUUAAUAAGAAAAAAUGUGAUAUUAAAGAAACAGAUGAUUUGAUGGCCCAAGAAACACAAAUCAGCAGAAGACUUCAAGGGAUGGUCAAUGAUGAUGAACUCCAAAAUUUCAUCAAUAGAAAAUAUAACAUCCCAUCGAGCCCUUUUAGAUAUAUCAAAAAGUUCACUAUAUAAAGAAAAACCUAGUCUUUGAUGAACAGCCCAAGAAAAUUAUGA